AUGUCUUCUGAAGAUAGCAGACCUUUGACCUCCCUCCCAAGCGUCAUCUUGACGACCGGGCCAUUCAUCUUUCUCUGGAGUACAUUGAGAGCCUAUGUCGUGCGCAACGGGCCCUUCAGCUUCGCUCGACCGGUGACCCGUCUCAACAGCCAGGUCUACGCCCUGUUCUCGCUGGCACUGGCGUACUCGAUCCUCAACGACGUCUUCCACUUCCAAAAACUCGGGCAGGUCAAGAGCGCGGACCUUGCGUACAUCUACCACCUGUCCAAAUUCUACGAGUACAUUGACGUCUUCAACCUCGUGGCCGCGGGCACCACUAUCAGUCCACACAUGGCGUUUCACCACAUCACGACGCCCUUUCUGACACACUUCCGGGUCCUGAAUGCCUCGGAGUGGCAGCUGUUCGCCUUUCUCAACUGCUUUCACCACUUCUGGAUGUACGCCUACUUUGGCGGCGUGUCUUCGUUCAGACCCAUCCUGCACGUCACCGGUUGGGUGCAGUUAAUCGCUGGAAUCGGGCUCGAUAUCUACUACUUUGCUACUCACGGCAAAGAAGCCCCCGAGGUGACGAAUCGUGCUAUCAGCCUUGUGAUCUUGACCCGGUACGCGAUGCUAUACUACGAAGAAAUAAAGGCAGGAAAUGCGCAGAAGAGGGACGGUCCAGAAGAGAAGGGCGAGAAAGCGGAUUAG